AUGACGGCCGCGGAAAGCAACAAUCAGAUUGUGAAGCCGAAACGCUUUGCUUCUCUGGGCACUCGGCCCGUGGGAGUCUUUCAGAAAAAGAAGGAAGAGCGCGACGUUCAUUGGGUCGACCGAGAUGGAAAUGCGGAGUUCGAGAUGGACGACAUUACGACUCUGAGCAGCAGCGCUGGCACUGAUUCCUCUUCCAGCAGUGCUCGUAACCGUCGACCCACGAUUGUUACAAGCUCCUCCAACAACUGCAUUUCAAUGGUGACCGAUUCCUACAGGCAGCUCGAGUGGCAGUGCAACGAAGAGUUGUAUCAUGUUCAUCAUUCCGUCACGCAGCCACUCAAGGAGAUGACGGCGGUCAAGGAGAUCGUGGAGAGCGUGAAAGGACUAUUUCAAAAGGAAGAACCGUCCUAUGGAGAGCACGUCAGUGAAGUGCGGCAAAAGGCAAUCUGGAUGGGUCGUUGCCGCACCAGUAAGAAGGCACCCAAGCUCGUCAUUUCCACUAAACCAAUCAUGCGCAACCGUUCCGGUAACCGCGAGGCAAACCCAAACAUCACCACGAACAGCACUACACCUCAACCACCAGCUGAGAAAUCCACAUCUAAAGUGAGGAUCCUCAAGGAAGAUUGCGUCACCACAAGCAAUCAAGGACCGGGACACAAGGAACGCAAAGUUUCGUAUGAAUGUCUCUACGAAAGUGGACGCGAACCAGAAGACGACGAGGAAGCAGUGCAUGUAGUACGAGAAGUUCAGCAACAACCACCGUCGGACUACAGCGGCAGCAGAGACCGGGACAGCCCCAGAGAAGAAAGUCCUAGAGAAGACAAACCCAAGCAAAAACAUAAACAUAAAGGAAAGCACAAAGAACGCAAGAACAAACAACCGGAAAGCAGCCGACACGAACACGGACAAGACCGUCAUGAAAAGCAACACAAACAAACCAAACGCAAAAGUUCACCUUCACGUUCACCAACUCAAAGGCAAGUCAGUCCCACCGCAAGGGAAACGCCACAGCUCGAGACGGAACAACGUGGACAGAAGAACGGACGUAACAAGGGAUUGGUAAAGGCACGGUGGAUCAAUAACUACCACAGGUACAACGAAGAGAGGAAGAAGGAACAACUGCAACAGCUCCAGUUGCAAGAUGGCAACGGACCACCUGGCUUUGGAGACAACGGUAACCAGAAACAUUCAAACAAAAGCAGCAGGCGACCAUCAUCUCCCCAAAACAACCUCAGACAUCCCGUCAAGCUGCUCUCCAUCGCCGCACCACCCCACUGUUGCAAUCAGUCCUGUACAAGCACCUUGGUCCGCCCUGGAAAGUAUGGAGAAGGCACGCCACCCAAGCUCACCAACACGAACCACACCACAGAUGCAAGAGCAGCAGCAGCUGCAGCAGCAGCACCACAAGCGGGUGUAUCGACAUCUUUGUCUUAUCGGGCGGGUGAAAUCACAGCAAAGCUGCAGAGUGUAUUGAAAUCAAUGGGGCAGGCAUAA